AUAGCAUUCUAAAUCUCUUAAGUAAAAGCUUUUAUGAGAGCUUGAUGAUGAGCAGCUGCUCAGAGGAGAGUAGUUCAAGUAUGGCGGAGAAGAAAUACAAGGGAGUACGCAGAAGAAAAUGGGGCAAAUGGGUGUCAGAGAUAAGAGUUCCAGGCUCACAAGAGCGGCUCUGGUUAGGCUCUUACGCUACGCAGGAGGCGGCCGCAGUCGCCCACGAUGUCGCUUUUUAUUGUUUACGUCGACCGCUGUCUUUGUCUGGCCUUAACUUCCCCGAACUCCUGCCUCCCAGUUGUGUGAACGCGAAUGUUAUGUCACCAAGGGCCGUGCAAAGAGCUGCCUCCGACGCUGGAAUGGGGAUAGAUGCACAGAUGAAAGUGAGUAGAUCGGGAAAAGAAGUAAGGGAGGUGAAUGAAAGCGGCAAAAUUCAGAGCAUGGAAACGCCGUUUUGGGGGAAUGAUAAUCAAAUGUAUGAUUGUAGGAGCUGGGAAGAGAAGGAGCUGAGCAUUUCAGUUGAAGAUUAUGGUUAUCUCAAUUACUAGUUCUUGUUCUUUAGGAUUUAUUUUAGUUUAAUAAAGAAAAUAGUAGCACAUGCAGUGAAGUCUUGAGGGCUUUUGAAUCUUUAUUGUAUAUUGUAAAUAUUAGAAAGAUGAUUAAUGAUACUAAUUAAUGGAUAUUCUUCAUAUUUUUACCA